UGCGUGUGUGUGUGUGUGUGUGUGUGUCUUAUGCAACCGGAGAGCAGGAGAUGAUCGAGUGUGAGUGUGAGUCAGUUUGUGCUGAGGAGGAAAGAGAGGACGCAGCACCGACAUGGGUGAGGCUCAGUCGAGGUCAGUGAUGCUCCACCAUCAGGACCAGCCUCUGAACUCAGGCUACGGGGGUCAGCGAGGCCCCAACCACAAGUCCUCCUCCUCGCUUCGGAACAGGAAGGGCGACAAGGACGGCAACUUCAACUUCCUGCCCGGGAAGGAUGACGAGGGCCACACGGGCAACAGAGGAGGGGACGAGAACCGGAACCAGGUGCGUCCCCGCAGCUUGGGCCCGCUGGGUCGCGACCCUCCGAGCUCCUCGCCCUCGUAUCAACACAACGCACAGCGAGCCCGCAUGCCCUGCUGGAGCCCGCUGGAGCCCCUGCCCGAGAUCGAGCCCGGGGAGGACGGGUAUGGACGAGUUCCCCCGGAUGGAGCGGAGGAAAGGAGGAUGGAGGAAGAGGAGGGAGGGAUGAUGAUGAGACACAAUGAGAUGAAGCAGCAGAUGAAGCAGCUGCAGAGGAGGAAAGGCAGCUCGGGAGUCGAGGGGAGAGACGAGGAGCAUGGAUUACUGGAGCUGGAGAACGGUGACGAGUGGGGCGACAGCGACUCCGGGUCCGAGUUCAGCAACCGGUCCGGCGGCAGCAUGUCCCCCAUCAACCUGGAGAGCAGGGGCCAGGGGGUGCUGAUGGGAGGCUGGGACCGCGUGGGAGUCGGGGAACCAAAGUCCAACCACAGGGACGGUGACCGGCCCUCGAACAGCCACAGAGAACCAGCUGCACGACACCACAGCCAGAAGUCGCAGACAGGAAGCCGGCUGGCAAACCUUCGGCAGCAAGGACGAGAGGAGCAGGAGGACGAAGGCCGGUCUUCAGACUCAGACGGCGGGCUGAUGGACGCCGUGUGGACGCUGCGGGACCGCGAGCGCUUCAAGGCCCAGGAGAUGGAGAAGCACCAGGUGCAGCUGACCAUGUACCGCCGCCUGGCGCUGAUCCGCUGGGUGCGCACGCUGCAGGGCCACGUGGAGGAGCAGCAGAACCGCCUGCAGUCCAGCUUCGACGUCAUCCUCACCCAGAGGAAGGAGCUGCUGCGCAUGGGCGCCGCCGUCACGGUGGCCAGCGCCACUCCCACCGCGGCUGUGGGACAGUCAUGAGGAGGGAGGGAGUGACAGGAAGUGGUUGAAAAAUAACAUUAGUCCUGCUCGAUUCACUUUUUUCCUGAAGGCAUUUCUACGGUGGCCUAGAGGGCUCAGAGCGCUGCAAAUCAGGACAACACAAAUAUAAAAAAAGAUUGCAAAUUGAGAAAACAACAUUGCAACUCUGCAAAAAGACACAACACGUGCAAAUAGAGAAAGACGCUGCAAAUUAAGACAACAGAAAUGUUUCCAGGGGACCUAAAAGAGUGCUGCACCUGCUGUAGUUCACUGUGAAGCUAUUGAAGUCUGCUGACGGAACUUCACAACGCAGGUGCAUCACGUUUUUGGGUCCCCUGGAAACAUUUCCGGUGUCGUUUUUUUUUUACCAUCGGCACGUGAUGUGACUUUUUGCACCUUAUGUGUCGUCAAAUUGAUAAAUUGAUUUAUUACUUAAUUGAUUAAUUUGCUUGUAUUUUUUCAGUUUGCACGUGUUUUCAGUGCGUUCUCUGUCAGCCACCGUUCAUAUCCCCUAAAAAAAAACAAUCUCCCAUCAUCCUGUUUUUCAUUUUAGUGACUCCUGCUCAUGUUGCUGAUUGCAUUGACGCAAAAAAGUUGUGUUUUUGUAGAUUUUCUUCACCGGAGCAAUAAAAUCUCACUCAUCUUCAUUCAAGAAGACUUAAAUGUCCCGUCCGAUGUAUUCUUUUUAGAGCAAUGGAGAAAAGAAAGAUUAAAACGUUUAUAUCCCCAAAAAAAUAUCUAUGUGCAAAUGUUGUCGUCGCUUGUAUUGACUUGUGUGUAGAGAACUCUGCCUGUACCAAAAAAAGAUUUGAGAAUAUAACAGAUUUAAGUGUAAGAGAUGAUUUAUAGAUGCUGUACAUAGUUAUAAUAGAAUCACAAAUAAAAUAAAACGACCUU